AUGUCGAUCACGUCGUACAACGGCGGCGCGGUGGUGGCGAUGAAGGGCGACAAGUGCGUGGCGAUCGCGUGCGACCGGCGCUUCGGCGUGCAGCUGCAGACGCUGGCGACGGACUUCAACCGCGUCUUCCAGAUGCACCCGCGCCUCUUCCUCGGCCUCGCUGGCCUCGGUACCGACGUGCAGACGCUCAAGCAGCGUCUGGAGUUUCGCCACAAGCUGUUCGCCCUGAGGGAGGACCGAGUCAUGCCGCCCGCCACCUUCGCCCACCUCGUCAGCUCCAUCCUCUACGAGCGCAGGUUCGGGCCGUACUUCAUCGAGCCUGUGAUUGCAGGUCUGGAGGAUGAUGGCACGCCCUUCAUCUGCGCCACUGACCUCAUCGGUGCAUAUGAGGAGUGCCCUGAGUUUGGAGUGGCGGGGACGGCGGACGAGUCGCUGUUUGGGGCGUGCGAGUCGUACUGGCAGCCGGGGCUGCAGCCGGAGGAGCUGUUUGAAACCAUCUCGCAGGCGCUGCUCGCUGCUGUGGAUCGGGACGCGCUCAGUGGAUGGGGGGCUACUGUUCAUGUCAUUACGCUUGACAAGAUUAUUACGCGCACACUCAAAGGCCGGAUGGAUUAA